AUGCUAUAAAAGAAACUAAAUAUGUUAAUAAUAAACAUAUACUUUUUAUUAAAAUUAGUUUUAUCUACUAAUAUAGAUACAUUUAUACCAGGCUACAAUAUAGACAUUGAUGGAUUAUCGAUUGCCUUAACAAAUCAAUAUUUUGACUUUGGUUAAAAUUCUUUUCUAACUUGCCCUGAAAGUUGUGGAGCAUGUAAUGAUUAAAAUACUUGUAUAAGCUGUAAAUUUGGAUUCUUUUAAUGGUCUCCUGUGUUUAACAAUAAUUUAUAUUGUGUUUAAUGUCCUAUGUUUAAUCCUAAUGAUAUUUAGAAUAAUAUUCCCUGCGCUGAUUGUGUAAUGAAUCCUUUAACUUGGUAAAAUACCAAAAGAUGUAGUUAUAAAUUCACAAGAAUAUAAGAAAUUUAAGAUCAAAAAGUGUUAAGAUAUUUGAAUGUUUCAGAUUCUUCAACCUAGUAUCUAUAUUAAGUUUAUACUAAUGAUUAAAUAGGAAGCUAGAAUAUACAAGUUGUUGAGUUUCCUGGUGGUGAUAAGUGGUGUGGGUAUGAAUUACAAAAUUAAAUUUUUGGUCUGAAUUGUUAUAGCAUAUAUACUUAAAACCCAGUAGAUUAAUCAUAAACAGCUGUAAUAUGUAGAACUGGAUUUGCUUUUAAUUGGAACACUGGUAAUUGUGAUUAAUGCCCUGCUAAUUGUGAUUAAUGUGCAUCAAGUACUUAAUGUUCUGUUUGUUCAAUCGGAUAUACAUUAGGAGCAUAAUUUUAAUGUGUGUAGUGUACAGCUUAUAUAGCAAAUUGUAAUAGUUGCUAUUUUCAAAAUUCUUAAGGAAUUAAUUUUAUAACAAACUCUUACUAAUCUGGAAAUUUUCAAGAUGUCAAUAGCUUGCAAGCAGCUGGAUUCGUUAUGAGAUGUUCUUAAUGCUCUUAAAAUCCGAUUUAUUUUAUCCCUAGUUUAGAUUUAACAAAUUGUGAAAACUGCUCUUCAAUAAAUAAUUGCAUAAGUUGUAGAUAUGCAUCUACAGAUUUAGGGUAGGUUUUAGAUCAUUCUAGUAACCCAUUUAUAGUAGACUAGUCUGAUAUAUCAAAUUAUGGAAAAUAUUGCUUAUUUUGCUCUGACCCUUACUUCAUAAAUUACAAUGGCCAAUGUGAAAUUUGUAGUGAUCCAAACUGCGAGCAAUGCUAUUAUGGUUCCUCUUCUGGUACUGAUAGCAGUUAUACCUUAUAGCAAAACUUUAUCUAUAAAAGUACUCAAGAUAACCUCAUUUUAAAAUGUGCUUUUUGUAUUUAUAGCUUAAAUUCAGCAGCACUUAUGUUAGAUGGAACUUGUAGAACAGGUCUAGCAUUUUUAUAAACUAAAGACCCAAACUGCGGAAAGUGGAAUUAAUUUAAAGUUCUAUAAGCAGGUGCAAGCUUAGAUGCAACAUACUUUUAAUGUGUAGAGUGCUUAAAUGGUUAUGGGUAUGAUGUGAGCAAAGCACCAUAAAAUAGGAUAUGCGAUCAGACACCUACUCUAAUGAAUGUUCCGUUUUGUACUAGUUUUUAUUAUAUUACUAUAAAUAAUGUUCCCUAAGCAGUAUCUUGUAUUAGAUGUUAAUAAGGGUUUACUGCUUCUGCAGCCAGAGGUUGUGUCUCUUGUUCUAGUGGUUUAGUAGGUCAAAAUACGAUGAAUUUUUAGACACAAUCUACUUGCUCUAGAUGUAGCUUGAUCUCGCCGACAGGAUUUAACUAUACAUACUACUUAAUUACAUCUCAAUAAAAUUUAAAUGCAGCUAAGACAGCUUAAAUAGAAAUUUAAUAAAAUUUACCAUAAAUUCCAUUAUGCACUUAGUGUGGUUCAACAAAUGUUUAUGGAUUUUGUCGAGUAGCUUGUUUUUAUGGCUGUUAUUCAGAAUUGACAUAUAACGCAUGCAUUUAAAACCCAUCCACAUUUAGUUCUAAGUGUGUAGCUUGUGGCAAUGUCUAAAGCGUUGAUUGGAAUUUAUCUUAAUCAUUAUCAUCAGACUCUACUCAGUGCAUUUUAUGUUAAAGAUAUUGUGGUAUGUGUUAACAAAGAACUACAACUUAAAUGAAUUUGAUUAACCCAUAUUUUAACGCAGUCUAUACUUAUGAUUUACAAAAAUAUGCUAAUUAAUGUAUAAAAUGCAGAACAAUUGAUGAUAUUUGUGAUGACUUUUAAGAUCCAUCAUAAUAAUAUUAAGGGUAUCAUCUUGAUUGCACUAAAAGAAGUGAUUACAUAAUGAAUUACGAUCCAAAUAUCAACUAAUGCACACCAUGUUUAAAGACUGAUCCAUCCUGCACUAGAAUAUUAAAAAUAUAAUAGCUUAUAGAGUGUAGACCUAAUAUAUCAGCCGAUGAUUUAAACUUAGGAAAUGAUUAAAAUAACUAUUUUAAAAAUAGAGCUUCAGGUAAUUAAGAUCUUAGUCACAUUUUUACUGGAGUAAAUGUUGUAUUUUUAGAUGCUUGGAAUCCUUCCACAACUUUGUCAAUUAAUUUUUAAGAUUUUGCCAAUGUUGACUAAAGUAACCUAUAACUAUAUCUUGCUCUAAACGAAGAAAACGUAUCUAACAUAGAAUUUGAAUUGCUAUUUAUACCUUAUGAAUAAUAAUAUACUACAAAUGAUAAAAUUACUAAAACUGGAAACACCUGUUUAUUUCAAAAUGAUGUUACCUUUUCUUUGCAAAUUGCAUAGCACAUAGCUAACAUUAACAUUUUAUCACUCACUUUCAAGACACUUAACCCUAAUACUGGGUAAAUAGGCUAAGAUCCUUUAGAUUUAUUUAUAACUCAAUUCAGUUUUUCAGGUUGGAACUACUUUAAUUUUGAGAAUAUCAAUUUUCUUCCCAUGUACUCACUUAAACCUACUGUCCCUUUAAAAAAUAUGCUUCUUGAUUUUUCAAAUAACUAAUUUUCUAGUUAACUAUUUUUGACUGAUAUAAAUUUCGUUAGCGGUUAUGAUAUUAAUAAACAAUAAACACUUUUAAAUUCAGCCAAAACAAUAUUUUGUCCUGUGAUUGAUACGUACAAUAUGAAUUAUAUUCAGCUAAAGAAUGUUUUAGUAUAAAAUUUUAUUUACUAGAAAUCAAUCAACCUAUUUAAAUUUAAUGUAGCAUUAGCCUAUUAAACUUCCAUAUUUAUGAUGAAUAUUAAUAAAUUAAUUAUAAAUUAAUGCUAGUUUUCUAAUGUUGAUUUUAUAUAGCUCUAUUUUAACACAACUACUAUCCAUAUUAGUGAUGUUACAAUAGGUAUGAGUGUUUUAACAAAUAUGAAUUUUAUUAAUUAGCUUCCUGGUCAUAAUUUUGCUUAAUCUUAGCAUUCAUUAGCAUUAACAAAUAUAUUAUUUGACAGUACUUAAUUCUUAUCAAGCACUUUUUUGAACGCAUAUAAUUUGCUUACAUUUAAAGUAACUUCUCUUACUUUAAAUUUAGUGUCUAAUCUUUAAUACAAAUAAAAAACUGCCUUAAUCACUACAAAUAUAGGAACUAUUACUAAAAUGAAUUUAUUAAAUUCCUUGACUAAUUAGGUACCUGUUUAAACCAUAUAUGCUUCAAACAUUACACUUUUCUAAUUUCCAACUUAAAGCUAAGCAAAAGCAGCUCCAAGCAUAACUUUAGAUUAACUAAGUGUUUAAUAAAUUACAUUUUAAGCAACCAAUGGAUUUAUUAUGAAUUUGGCAAGCUACUAAAAUGUCUAUUAAGUAAGAGGAGAAGUAGUAGUAUCCAAUUUAAAAAUAUUAAGUUGUUCUGGAGACACUCCUCAAAACUUUUUGUUUUAUUUCUCUUCUAUUAGGUUGGUGACAUUUAGUUAAGUUACUAUCUCAGACACAUUAGGCCUUAGCUUUAUAUAUGCAGGAUACUCAGAUUAGAUAACUCUAUCUUAAGGUAGCAUUAAAAGUGCUUAAUUUCCACAAAUUUGCUAAAAUUUAGUAUCGUCAACUUAACUAAACUAGUAUCAUGGCUAAAUUCUAUCUAUAAAAAAUCUAAGGUCUUAACUCUAUAUGGAAAACUACUCCUUUCAAAAUUUAUGCACAGUUGAUAGAGCAUUUUUCUAUUUUAUUCAUGAUUAAAGAGAUCCUAUUUUCCCUUCAGAAAAACUUUCUGGUACAAUCCCAUAUUUCAUUUCAUAAAAUGCUAAUUAAUAUGACCAGUUUGAUAUUAAAGGUACUAAUACAAAUGUUGCAUUUAAUACUUUAACUUUCGACAGUAUUUCAACGAUUGUUUAAGAUUCGAAUGUAGUAUCUUCAGUAUUCUAUUUUAACACUAACAUUUAAUAUCGAAAUUUACUUGUAGAUGUUAAUGCUAAUAAUAUUUAAAUAGUGACUCAAUAAGAUACACUAUUUAAGUCUUCAUCUGCAUUCAUAAACUAAGAUUCAAAUCCUUCAUCUCUAAUAUUAGUUAGACUUACCUUAAAAAACUGCAACUCAAAUCUUCAAAUUUAAAAUGGCAUUCUUUUUAACGGUAUUAAUUUUGCAACUGAGUCUUCUGUAUAUGAUACAGCUAAUUCAGGAUCAAAAUAUAAUUAAUUUGGUUAUCAAGGAGGUUUUCUAAAUAUAAUAACUAAAAAUAUGACAAUUUUAUCUUCUAAAUUUACAAAUUCUAUAUCUGAUUAAGGUGGAGCUAUUUACUUGAAAACAUUCUCAACAACAGCAAAAGUGGUUAUAAUAAAAAGUAUAUUUUAGAAUUUAGCAACAUCUUUUAAUGAUUAAGGAACUGGUAUAGGAGGAGCUAUAUCAAUAGAUGGGACUACCUCGUUAACUUUAACUGUUUCUGAGUGCACAUUUGAUAGCAUCUUUUCUUACAAAAAAGGAGCAAUUCUAGAUCUAACUUGUGGUUAAACAAUUUGCAUAAUAAAUUUUAAAAGCAAUAUUAUUUCUAAUGUUUUUGCACCAACAGGCAGUAUAUUCAAUGUAAAAUUCAAUAAGAUAAGUCAAACUUUGUCUUUCAUAGACAAUAAAUACUCUUCUAAUUUAAAGAUCUCUGAUAUGAUUGGUCAAUAUUAAUUUUUCUAAGAAGCAAAUACAGAUAUAUUAUAGUCUAUUUAAUAGUUCUAUAUUAUCUAUAUUUAAGGAGGAGCCAUAGAUUUUGAAUCAAAUACUUUUGAUCAAGUUGAUUAUUUACAAGGCCUCCUUUAUGUAACAGGAGGGAUGUUGUAAUUUAAUAAUAAUAAGAUAUUGAAUUCCAAUUUUAGGUUUACUCCUUUAGUUUAUUUUUAUAAAUUAGGAAUAACCUCAUUAAACUAAUUAACUGUAUUAAAUAUGAAUGAAUGUAGUGAUUGCUUAGAAAAUGGUCAAUUACAUUUUUUAACAAACUACGCGUUGACAUCAUUUAACAAUUUCUUUUUGAUAGAAAGUCCCUCUAACAGUCUCUCAAUAGUAUCUGCAGAUAUCGAAAAAGUAGUAUGUACUAAAUGCACUUAAGGUAUUCUUGGAAUUCAAUCUACCUCUAAAUCUAUUACAUUAACAGGUGGUAGUUUUAAAAAUAAUAAUUCAAACUAAGGCUCUUUGUUUAUUGGAGGAAAUUCUGCUCCUUCUUUAAGAAUGUUAGGAGCUUAAUAGAGCCCUGCAGGCGCGUAAAUUACAAUUAGUACUUUAACAUUUUAAGGUAAUAGCGCAACUCUAGGUGGAGGAAUAUACAUAUCAUACAAUAAUCUUUUGCUUUCAUCUGUCUAAUUGAAUAAAAAUACAGCAACUUAAGGAGGAGGAAUAUACUUUCUUACUUCUGAUUCUAACCCAAAUACAUUUAUAUUGUAAUAAUCUUCUAUUAGCUAAAAUUCAGCUUAAGUUGGAGGAGGUAUCAAAGUCAUUGGAACUUUCCCUUAGCUGAUGCUUGGAUCUACAGUAAGUGGAAAUACAGCGAUGCAAUCAGGAAGUGAUAUCACUAGUUAUCCUACAGGAUUGAAGGUAUAUUAAAAUAGAAAAUAUAUACCAUAUAAUUCAUAAUAAGGAGCAGUUAUUUUUAAUUAAUGGUCUCCUGGAGUAUCAACUGAUCAGGAACUUUUUGUGUAUCUUACUGGAUAAGACGGAACAAUUUAAAAAUUAGAUUCUGGGAUAACUGCAACUUUGACAGUAUCUCUAAACUAUUAAUCUGAUUCUUAAAUUCCAUCUACUGCUAAAAUUUCUGGAACAACUACAGUCAAUUAUGAUUCGUUAAUUGGUGGAUUUUAUAUGAAUCAAGUUUAAUUUUAGUAGCAACCUCAGUCUUAGUUACUUGCGAAACUAUAGUCUUCCAUUAUUAAAAUCCCUACAUUCGAUAAUACAGGAGCAUUAGUUUCAAUAAAUACUAAUUACAAUCUUCCAUUAAUUUUUAACACUAGAUACUGCACUAUUGGCGAAGCCUUCCUCGCUGCAACUGGUUAGUGCUUCCAUUGUGCAAAUGGAACAUACAGUAUAGUAUAGAAUUCAACAUCUUGCCAAGAUUGCCCUAAAAUAGGUGUAAGUAGUUGUCCUGGAGGAAGUGUACUUAAAUUAUAAUCAGGAUAUUGGCGUCCAUCAGCAGAUAAUGAUAAUAUAGAACCAUGCUCUAAUUAAUUUUCUAAUUGUGCAGGCGGUAAAGGAGUAGGUGAUUAGCUAUGCUCUGAGGGACAUAUUGGGGCUCUUUGUGAAGUUUGUGAUAUAAGUGCUAGAUUUUGGUUAGAAAGCUACUCUAAUAGCGGUUAAUAUUCUUGUGGAAAAUGUAAAGAUACAUCAAAUAAUACAUUAAAAAUGGUAGGGUUAACUCUCUACACUUUAAUAGCAAUUUUCUUCUCUGUUAAAAGUACUAAAGCUCUUUUGGACUCCUACAUAAUAACAUUCUACUUUUAAAAAAUUGGUCUGAUUUAAAAAAGUGCUAAAGUAAGUACAGAAUCUGUAGGAAUCAUAAUCAAGCUAUUUACAACGUAUCUUCAAUUGAUAGUAGUUAUUACUACUUUUAAUUUAUAAUUACCUCCAGGUAUAAGCGAUAUUACAGUAAAUGUGGGAGAUCCAGUAUAACAAAUGAGUUUUAGCAUGGACUGUGGUCUAUAUAAGAUAUCUGGGAAAAUACCAAUGACAUAUUUUAGAUUGAUGUGGUCAUAAUUAAUGCCAUUUUUUUAUGUUACUACUUACUUAAUAGGACAUUAUUUAUAUUAAAAAGUCAAAAAGAUAUAAAGUAGAGCUGUUAUUGCUUGGAUAGCAUUCAUCUACAUAUAUAUCUCUAUGUAGCCUUCAAUAGUUAAAUAAAACAUUUAGACAAUAUCAUGCAGAUAAAUAUCAGGACUUUAAUAUAUUAAAGCAAAUGUUUCUGAACUGUGCUAUACAUCCUAACAUAUAGCAUAUAUGCUUCUCUUGAUAUUACCAACCCUGAUUCUGUGGGUAUUUUUGAUACCUAUUUUCUUUUUAAAAAAAAUGUAUGACGGAAGAUAUUAGUUGGAUAAAAUUAAUAUGUAAUACAGAUUUGGGUUUUUAUAUACUGAGUAUAAAAAGACUUCUUACUUUUGGGAAUUAGUUAAAGUUUAUCAAAAAACUUUUAUUACUUUUUUUAUCAAUAUUUACGAUAGCUAUAAUACUGUUAAGGGAGUGCUUGUUAUACUAGUACUUGUUGUUUACUUAAGACUGUAACAACACUAUUAGCCUUAUUUGGAAAAAAGAUUUAAUGAUCUAGAUUUUUAAUUGAAUUUAACAGUAAUUGCAUCAAUUAUUAUUUCUAUGUUCAUCUUGGAUAAUCCGUUUUCCUAUUUAAUUUGGUUCGGCUAUAUUAUUAUGGUUGUAAUAAACACAAUUAUAAUUGCAUAGCUUAUAAGAAUUUUAAUUUCUGGUUACACUUAAUAAUUUGAAGCUAAAAUAGGAGAUAAAAUAGUAAAAUUCUCAAUUCGUUAUCCGAAAAUAGCAAAAUAUUUGAAUUUGCCUUAAGUUCCCAAAGAAAGAAUCAAAAAUUUAUGGAAUAAAUGUAGGAUUCAUGUUAAAUUUACUUUUAUCAAGCCAAAAGCUGAAAAAGAACAAAAAUAAAAACAUGAAUCAAAUGAUUUAAAGAUUGAAAAUUAUGAGUCUAAAAAUUAAUUAAUUAAAAGUGAUAUUUUGAAUGAUAAGAGUUCAUAAAAAGCCAGUUAAGAGAUGGAACAAGUAAAAAUAAGGCCAAAAUUAAAUUUAGGAUCAUUAGAAUAAAUUGACCAAAAUAUGUACACUCAUAACUAGAUUGGAGGAUUAAAUACAGGUUAGAAUAUUGAAACCAAUUUAAAAAUUAAUAGGCCUUCUUCAAGCAAGUAAUUAAUGAAGAUUUUGUAAAAUCCUAAUUUUUAUGACUCCCCAAUUGAUAAUAAUCAUGAUGAUUUUAAUCUUUUGAAUGAAGUUCAAAAUAAAGCAGUCUUAGAUAUAAACGAACAAACAUAAAUUACUUUUCAAAAUUAAUAGAAAAAUGAAUAAAAUAAUUAAAUUGAAGUUAUUAAUAUGGUUUGA